AUGGUGAAAACUAGAGGAAGUGGCUCUCGGUCUGUGAAGGAUUUGAAGGAUGGCUCUUUGACUGCAUCUCCAUCUCUCACCAAGAAAAAGGCUCGAAAGAGUACCUUGUCUCAACCUAGCCUCAUUGUCGGAACCACCACCAUGAGCAAAGCCGUGGUCAUUCCUGACCUCGAAUCCCCCAAAGCACCAUCUGGACCUCCUUCAACGGCAGCUUCGCUCGCCUCUGUUCCUGGGUCUUCUAAAAAGGUCUCUUCUCCCGUGGGUUCCACUCCCCUUUCCAAGUUUCAGACGAAGGUAAAGAAGAUUCCUCCACCCUGCUCCUCUUCUGAAACUGACCCAUCUGAAGCUUUUCUUCCCUCUGACGAUGAUCCCCUUGAAUAUGAUGCCUCUCUUGAUGAUGAUGUUGCAUCUGAAGCCGAAUCUGACCCAUCAGAGGACCCUCCUGUUUCUCCAAAAGGCAAGAAAGCUGUGAAAAUUCCUGAUAUUCGCACAAAGUCUCCAGUGGUUCCUAAAGCCACAUCAGGUUUAUCUUUUAAAGCUCACUCUUUGAAUUUCCGUUUCAAUGACAAUGAGAAAAAUAUGAAGCAUUAUGUGCAUCGUGAUUUUAUCUGUGAGAAAAAAAUUUCCUUCUCUGCCCAUAGAGUGUUUGGGGUCAUUAAGAAUAUUGAGGAUCGAGGGAGGUUAGGUUCUUUAACUGGGUUUAAUGGUUUUGUUCCUCGGGUUAUUCAAGAAUUCUAUGCUAAUCUUAAUGAUGAUCUGUUUGAUAGCAAGUCUUUUAUGUUUGGUCAAGUUCUCAAUAUACCUUCUGCUGUUAUCAAUGAUGUUGUCGAGUUCAACAAGGAUAAGGUUUUAUCUGAGUUGGUGGGACAGAAUAUGGUUUGGGAACAACACUCGGUUCUCAAGGUGACCGAUCUUACUCAUUACUAUGCCAUGCUUCACAAAUUUUCCAUCACCAACUGGAUUCCCACCACGCAUACCUCUACCAUUACCUUUGACCCAGCCUUCUUUCUGUUCAAAGUCAGAACUGGUCUCCAAGUUGACCUUGCUACUCUUAUUUUUUAUCAGAUCACUGCCUUAGGAAACACCAAAAAGAAAGGCCAAUAUUUGGUGUUUCCUCAUUUGAUCUACAAGUUGCUUGAUUCUCAAAAGUCUCUCCGGUUGGAAUAUGAAAUCGUGACACCUCCCACUGCCGGUGUAGAUUACAAACUCAAGAAGGAUUCCUCAUCUGUCGAGACAACUAAAGGGAUUGCUCUCAAGACUGGCAAUGUUGAUUCUGUCAUUACUGAACUCGCUGGUGUCAAGGCCACUCUGGAAUCUGUUCAGUCAGAAGUUCUCGGUCUCAAGAAUUGUCUCUCAACCAUGAUGUCUCCAUUUGUUGCGGGUCCUUCCAAAUGA